UUCUUCUUCGUUGAACAUUAGGUUGAGUAUUACCACGACAAUUACAGGUUGAGAGAAAGAGAGAGAUAGCGUGAGAGAGCUGAUGUUAAUAUAAAUGAGAGUUAUGAGAGUGCUCCGUCCCCCCACGCUGUAGUCUCCCUGCCCUGACUACUUGGGGGAACAGAGCCGGGCCAUAACCGGAGAGCUUGGGUCACCGCUUGCGGUGGACCGGUGAGCGGAUGGGACGCGCCGCGAGGUGGCUCCGGGGGCUCCUGGCGGGGAAGAAGGCCGACCGCGGCGAGCGCCCGGCGGAACACAAGGAGAAGCGGAGGUGGGGCUUCGUGACAUCGUUCCGGGAGAAGGAGCGGCGGCCGCAGCAGCGGAGGGGAGAGCCUCCGCGGCCAGCGGCCUCCGAGGAGCGGAAGGGGCCGCACAUGGACGCGCCGAGGCCGUAUCGGGCGGCAGCCGCGCCAGUGGUGAACGAGGAGGAGCAGAACAAGCGGGCGAUCGCAGUCGCGGCCGCGACUGCGGCGGUGGCCGAGGCCGCGGUGGCCGCGGCGCAGGCGGCGGCCGUGGUGGUGAGACUGACGAGCAGCGGGCGGCCUGUGACAGGGCUCGUCUGCGGGAAGCGGGAGAAGUGGGCGGCGGUCAAGAUCCAGUCUGCAUUCCGUGGUUAUCUGGCAAGGAGAGCACUGAGGGCGCUGAGAGGGCUGGUGAAGCUCCAGGCGUUGGUCAGAGGCAACAUCGUGAGGAAACAGGCCGCAGAGACUCUGCGAUGCAUGCAGGCGUUGGUGCGAGUCCAGGCCCGAGCUCGGGCCUGCCGAGCCCUCCGCUCCGAGAGGAGCAGGCCUGAGAAAGCUCCUCGACCUCAUGCUGGUCCUCCAACUCCUGAGAAAUACGAACCGAGUAUUCGAAUAAAUGCCACUGAUAGGUCCUGCAUGCUCAAGAGGAACUCUUCGAAGCCCGCUGGAAGGGACGCAGUCGAUUGCGACAGAGCAGAUAUGGCAGCAUGGAACUGGCUGGAUCGGUGGAUGGAGGAGAGGUAUCGGGACAGUCGAGAAGGCGCCAAGAAGGCAGGAAGCUUCGCGUCCAUGGACGACGAGAGGAACGCUAAGAUCCUGGAAGUAGACCCUGGGAAGCCACAAUUCCGCCAAAAGAGGAGCAGCCACCACCAGCACUCGUGCUCCAGCUUGACCUCAGAGCACAACAGCCGCGGCUUCACGGCCGCCGCACCAGACUCGCCCUCGAAGGACUCCACCACCCUGCACCACUCUGUUCCCAGCCCUUCCUCCGUCGACAUGCAGCAAUGCCUGGGCUCCCUCAGGUUCCCGAUAGAGUCCGGCGUCGGUGAAAGCCCGCAGUUCUACUCUGCCUCAUCCCUCCCCGGCAACGCGAGGAAGGGCCUCUUCACGCCUUCGCGGAGCGAGUGCUCGCGCAGCCUCUUCAAUGGAUACGCAGACUACCCGAACUACAUGGCCAACACGGAGUCGUCGAGGGCGAAAGCGCGGUCUCAGAGCGCACCGAAGCAGAGGCCCGAGAGCGAAAAGCCUGGUUCUCUCAAAAGAUCAUCAGCUCAAAGCUCGUCUUCUCUGCGCGCCAAGUUCUCGAGCAAGGCCUACCCUGGAUCAGGCAGGUUGGACAGGUUAGGGAUGCCUCUCAGAAUCUGAUGACCUCGAACACAAAAUUCUGCUUCACAGAUUCAUGGCUGUUCUUGAAUGAUGUCAAACUAACAAUGUCAUCUUGUAUCUAUCUAGUUCAAAUCUGUGAUUUCCUCGA